GAAAGAGAGGAGAGAGAUGAUGGAAGGAAAGUGUAGAGGAGGAAAGAAGCCAGAGAGCGGGGAGGAGGAAUGAAGCGAGGGAGGGAAGAGAGAAUGAGAGAGGCAUAGGGUGAGGGAGGGAGGCAAGCAGGACUCUCUCUCUCUCUCUUUUCCACACACACACACUCAUACACAUUCGCACCAGCUGUGCUGUUGUCAGUCUUGGAAUGUAAGCACUGCCGUGAGGAGUCAGAUUCUCCACCGCUAAGCACUGCUAAGGAGUAGGAACACAGUACCGAGCACUCAGUGACACAGAUGGAUGCUAAGCUGUGAAAAAUCAAAAAGGAAUCCAAAGGGCAUCAAAGAAACGGAAUACAAUGUCUGUUGUGGUGACGCUACCUUCCAGUGUUCAUCCACUCACCAGCUUAUCGCCAUAAUUCAGAAGUCGCCCAGGACACUUUCCCCAGCUGAUUGGAUACCAUGAUAGCCAAUCAGAUUCUGCUCCUGCUCCCGGUGCUGUCCGUCCUGCCGUCCAGCGCUGCCCUCCCCCUGACGCCUGGGAAUAUUGGGAAUCUGUUUGGGACGUCGGACAGCGAUGGCAAGAUUCUGCAGCGCUCCAAACGUGGAUGGAUGUGGAAUCAAUUCUUUCUGCUGGAGGAAUACACAGGAAAUGACCAUCAAUAUGUCGGCAAGCUGCACUCCAACAUGGACAAAAACGACGGCAACGUCAAGUACGUGUUGACCGGAGACGGGGCAGGCACCCUGUUCCUGAUCGACGAGAAAUCGGGGGAUAUUCACGCCACCAAGAGGCUGGACAGAGAAGAGAAAGCCAUGUACACGCUGCACGCCAAGGUCCUGGACAGGAAUACCAACGCCGAGCUGGAGCCCGACACUGAAUUUAACAUCAAAAUCCACGACAUCAACGACAACGCGCCGAAAUUCGCAAAGGAAAUCUACUUCGCCAGCGUGCCUGAGAUGUCGGAAGUUGGUACAUCUGUUGUCACAGUAACUGCCACUGAUGCCGAUGAUCAAACAUAUGGGAACAGCGCCAAGCUCGUAUACAGCAUCCUGCAGGGACAACCCUAUUUCUCUGUGGACUCGGAAAACGGCACCAUCAAAACAGCCCUACCUGGCAUGGACAGAGAACUGAAAGAAAACUACCAGGUGGUGAUCCAGGCCAAAGACAUGGCCGGACAAAUGGGGGGGCUUUCAGGGACCACGACGGUCAGCAUCACCCUCUCGGAUGUCAACGACAGCCCGCCACGCUUUGCUAACCAUUCCUUCCGAGUCACUGCCGUGGAGUCUACGGAUAUCGGAGGCGCCAUCGGACGCAUUAAGGCGGAUGAUCCGGAUGUUGGGCGUAACGCUGAGAUGGAGUACAGCAUCGUUGGCGGUCACGAUAUAUUCAACAUCAUCACUGACCAAAUCACACAAGAAGGAGUCAUCAUAAUCAAAAAGGCUCUAGAUUACGAAAGUAAGAGGGACUACGAGUUCAGAGUGGAGGUGAAGAACACGUACUUGGAUGCAAGGUUCAUCCACGGUUUGCAAUUCAAAGACUACGCCACGGUCAAAGUGACGGUGGAGGACGUGGACGAGCCGCCCGUUUUCACCAGGAACCCUUACAUCAUCGAGGUGCAUGAGGACACGGCCGCCGGCAGCUUCGUCGGCGUGGUGUCGGCCAGGGACCCCGACGCCGACAACAAGCCAGUCAAAUACUCCAUCGAUCGGCACACAGAUCUGGAGCGGCUGUUCAACAUUGAUUCCGUGAACGGCACGAUCACGACAAUGAAAGCACUGGACAGGGAAAUGUCCAAGUGGCACAACAUCUCAGUGGUGGCCACUGAAAUAAGUAAGAGAAGCUCUGAUAUCUCUGCUAAACCGAAUUCAUCUGUGACUUUCAUCGCCAACCUCAGUCCUUUAUUUGUUCUAGACAACCCUCGUCAGACCACUCGAGUGCCUGUGUUCAUCAAGGUGUUGGACGUCAAUGACAACGCGCCCGAGUUCGCGAUGUCCUACGACACGUUCGUCUGCGAGAACGUCAAAGCUGGACAGCUGAUUCAGACAAUAAGCGCCGUCGAUACAGAUGAACCCCUCGUUGGACACAAGUUUGUCUUCAGUAUAAGUGCCACCAACCCAAAUUUCACCAUUGUUGACAGGGAAGACAACACUGCCAAUAUCCUGACUCGGAGGGGAGGCUUCAGCCGGCGUGAGAUGAGCAUGUACUUCCUGCCUGUGGUGAUCUCCGACAACGAUUACCCCAUCCAGAGCAGCACCAGCACGCUGAUCGUGCGGGUGUGCGCCUGCGACAGCCGCGGGAACAUGCAGUCAUGCAACCCCGAGGUCCUGCCCUUCUCAGAUGGUCUCACAACCGGAGCUCUGGUGGCCAUCCUGCUCUGUGUCAUCAUCCUCCUCAUGAUCGUGGUGCUGUUUGCUGCCCUGAGGAGACAGAGGAAGAAGGAGCCUCUGAUCAUCUCCAAAGAGGAUGUCAGAGACAACGUUGUCAGUUACAACGAUGAAGGGGGCGGAGAGGAGGACACACAGGCCUUUGAUAUCGGCACACUGCGUAACCCAGAGGUGAUGGAUGCUAACAAGCUGCGCAGGGACAUCAUACCCGAAAUGCUGUUUCCCUUUCGGAGGACAUCACCGAUAAAGGAUAACACGGAUGUCAGAGACUUCAUUAACGGGAGGCUGCAGGAGAACGAUUCGGAUCCCACGGCGCCCCCCUACGACUCCCUGGCCACGUAUGCGUAUGAGGGCAGCGGGUCGCUGGCGGAGUCCCUCAGUUCGCUGGAGUCUGCUGCCACCGAGGGGGACCAGGAUUAUGAUUAUCUCAGCAACUGGGGACCACAGUUCAAAAAGCUGGCAGAAAUGUACAUAGGGAAGAGCCCUGACCGAGAGACCUAGAAGAAGCCAUGGCAGUCUCAUUUAUUUUCUGUCUGUUGAUCUAGCUAGCCAACCAGACAGCCUGUUUGUCUAGUUAGUUAGCUGGCCAGCUAGUUGACCGUCUGUCUACCUAUCUAUCAAGCUAUCUUAUCUGUUUAUCUGUCUAGUUCGCUAGCUAGCUCGCUGGUUGACUAGUUGUCCAUUUGAUUCUCACACAUGCACAAAAGCCCACAUGUGGACGGCGAAGCGGAAAAACCCAAGACUUGAACAGAGUUUCCUCGUUAAUGGAGAUACAGUACAAAUCUCAAAAAAGUUUUACUGUUUUUUGGUCAUAAUCAGUAAAGAUGCCUUUGAAUUUUAGGAUUUUUUUGUGAACAAUGGUGUGGACAAUGUGUUUUGUAAUUGAUGAGAGAUAGUAGUAUUGUAAUACUAUCGAUGUUAAUGGUUACCGGAUCCGGGUUUAGGGCGGGGUUCGGGAAGGAGUCAAGCGGCUUUUCCGGCCAGCUCCAUUAAAUACUGUAAAUGUACAAAGUGUUUUUAAUGAUGGACAUGCUAUAUACUAUUUGCUAUCUUCGUUUGACAAGCAAUGUUCAUGUGAAUGGUUGGUGCAGUUGAUUUGUCAAACUGUGAAUUCAUCUCAUCAUAUAGGUGUAACAUGUAAUGGAAAGUGUAUGUUGUAGGAAACUGUCAUACACUGGAAUCAUGCUGUCUGAAUGCUGAGUCAUAUUGUUUUAUAUUUAUAUUUUUAUACUUAUUUUCUUAAUAAAAUGAUGUUAAAAAAAAAAAAAAAAGACAGCGACAUUUCCAGUCCAUUGCCGGCUGUUGCGGGUUAUAGUUCAUCUAGUUUUGCCUGUUGGGAGCCGUUCCGCCCACCAUGAAGGCCAGUGUGCUUCAUUAAAACUUUCACUUAAAUCUCUGUAAGCUUUGUGAUAAUAUUCCAAAUCAACACAGAAAUAAAUAGAAAAAUGUA